CCACCGGACCUGACUCCUGUCCUCCUCUGCCCGCGCGCCAAGACGCACUAUCUCAACAUGAACAGCCACUGCAACACCAACAACGCCAACGAGAGCGUGGAUGUCCAUCUCAACAACGGCUUCAGCGACCUCAUCAUAGACACCAAAAAGUCCCCCGUGCACCGGCAGCACGAGACCUCCCGUAAAGAGGCGGAGGACAAGUCCCGGCUCCCGGCCAUCGAGGCUGCGUACACGUGCAUCCUCCGCGAGCUCGGCGAGGACGUGGACCGAGAUGGGCUCCUCCGCACUCCGCUCAGAGCCGCCAAGGCCAUGCAGUUUCUCACCAAGGGAUACCACGAGACCAUCUACGACGUUUUGAAUGAUGCGAUUUUCGACGAGGACCACAACGAGAUGGUGAUUGUGAAGGAUAUAGACAUGUUCUCUCUCUGCGAACAUCACCUGGUGCCUUUCUUUGGCAGGGUUCACAUCGGAUACAUCCCAAACAAGAAAGUGGUGGGACUCAGCAAACUGGCCAGAAUUGUGGAGAUCUACAGCCGCAGACUUCAAGUUCAAGAGCGUCUGACCAAGCAGAUCGCGGUGGGGAUUUCGGAGGCUCUGCAGCCGCUGGGAGUGGCUGUGGUCAUCGAGGCAACACACAUGUGUAUGGUGAUGCGUGGGGUGCAGAAGAUGAACAGCCGCACAGUGACCAGUGCCAUGUUGGGUGUGUACCUGGAGGACCCCAAGACGAGGGAGGAGUUUCUGACCCUGACACGGAAGUUCUAAAACUCCAUCACAGCAUUCAGUCCUCCACCUCUGAAGAUCCUGCAAACAAAAUGUAACUGUUUAAAGUCAUAGUUUGGGUUUUUGCAUGGGUGACUUUACUUUUAAAUGGCAAUAACACUUUUAAAAGUACUUUCAUACAUGUAGCCAUGCCUACACUGGGGCUAAAUGAUACUUGGCUGCCAUUAUGUGCCAACUGCUUCAUUCUCGUAGUAUGAACAUUGAGUAUCUUGCCCAAGGACAUGAACUAUAUUUUGUGGGCAGUGCACUAACCCCCAAAGUACUAGAACCUCAUUAAUGGUAUUCAAGGUUGUAAAAUUAUGUCAACUGGACAAAGUUGAGUGAAGAUCUAAGCAGCUGCUGCUUCAGAUGUUCAUUUUUCUUUGACUAAACUUAAAACAUGUAUAUUUUGAGUAAUGGGUCUAAUUCCUUGGUGGUCCAGGUAUGAUCCAUGCUCAAAUAACCAGUUGCUGUCCAUGUAAUCUAGAUGGUUUAGUUUUUGGGUUCAUAAAUGGUAAACUUGUAUGAUCACUUCAUGGGCCAAUUGCAGAACAAAACAUUUUUUUAUUUUUUUAAUAAACAUCCUUGACAUUUAAAAAAAAGGAAUUGGCUCCAUAAAUGCAGGAUCUGACCACCUAUCCACUACAUCAGACUUUUCCAUGUCAGGAUUCUGAGCCAUGUGUGUGUGGGGAGGAUUGUGUUUUUCACUGUGACCUGAAUUUGGUGCCUUGAAUUCAUAUUGUACAGCUUUUAAAACUAUCCUUUUUGUUUUUGAGUGCUUUUUUUUUUUUUUUUUUUUUUAGUUCACAUCUUCAUUUCCUUGUUUUCACAGGGAACUGUCUGGUGCUCUUACAAAGGUUUUAAAUGUUUUUUCUUUUCACAAAACUAUUUAAGCGUACAAUUUUUAUGGUCCUUUGUAAUAUACUGUACAACAUUUUUAAGAUGUAAACUAAAGAUUAUUUCUGAAAUCUAAAUAACUCAAAGAUGUCUAGACUAGCAUGUAAUUUAAGGACUUUAUUGGAUUAAAAUGAGUAACUAAACU